UUCGGUCAGUUUCUUGAUAUUGAUCAUAAUGUCUCAAGUAUCUCCAGUUUUUAACAACUUACCAAUUGAUGUUAUUUAUCGAAUUAUCGAGAAAGCUGAGCCGAUUGAUCGACUCGUCCUCCAAAAAGUGUCCAGAAGCUUGAAAACUGCUGUUGUCCACAUCGGACUCGGAUUCACAGAAAUAUUCGCAGGACUUUACUCUGAAAAUAGCAUAUUGCUAACAUUAGAUGGAAAGCGAGUUUCAUACGAAAAUUGCAAUGGUGACUGCCUUGUAAAGUACCUUGAAUAUAGAGAACGUCGCAUCGAUGGAGAAAAUCAUUUGAAAAUUGCAUUCAACGAUUUGGCAGGAUGCUUGGAAGGUGGAAUAGCAACGUUCAAGAUUUUGAUGGGAACUAUGGAAGGGGAAGACCGUGAGGAGCAUGUUCAAACUCUGAGAGCCACUAUGAAAAGAGGCAUUACCGCGAAAAGAGUAGAUCUUGGUAUAUUCGGAAGCACUGAGAUAAUCACCCUUCUCUCAAUCUUCAAACCAGGUUUUCUAGAAGAAAUUCGAUUGGAUAAUGUUACAAAUAUGGACAAAUUUGAAGAUCUGUGUCGCUUAUCGCAGUGGAGAGAAGCACAAACCGUGUACUUCCGCGGAAAUGGUGAAGAUGCUCCUAUUGAGGAAUUUUUUAAUUUCCGCGAGUUUUACAUUUCUGUAGGCCGGCUUUUGAUGGAAGAUGUGGUUAAGGUUAGAGAUAUCCUUCUCGAACGCGACACCUUCCUUCAAUGCGAGAUAAACGCCGGAUUCUUGGCAACUCAAACCGAAAUCGCAAAAGUUUUCGAAUAUUCUGGUGGUGGAAAUAGCUUUGAGUACACGACGAACACCGCCAAGUUUAAUAUUAGAGUCGAUUCGUCACACUUGUGGAUUCGGAGAGUUUUUGAACAAAAUCAUUGAAGUUUUUGGAAUUUUUUUAGUGCAGGAAGUAACCUCACAUUUUUAUUUGUUUGAAGCAAUGAAUAUAUUUGUUGG